GGCGGAAGAAACUCCUGUUUAGGAAAUUGUUGGGACUAGUGGCGGGAGUUCUACGCGUGUUCGACUACACUUCGGAUUUACUAAUUUCCCCGUAAUAUUCCAUUUUCAUUUCUCGACUAUGGGCGAUCAUUUGCAAGAGAAGUCUCAGCUGAAAAGUGGCGCACCGGUUUCUCUGAAUGGCGACAGCAAACUCGUUGAAAAGCACGGCAGCGAGGAAAAUGGACACGACCAUGCCGCAUCAGGUGUAAACGGUGGGCAAGAAUACAAAAGGUAUACAUUUAGCCCCCAACCUACGCUCGAGGACAUACGCCGAAUGCAGGCAGAAUUCACAGACGAGCGGGACUGGAACCAGUUUCACCAACCUCGAAACCUCCUGCUGGCAAUGGUCGGUGAAGUUGGAGAAGUGUCCGAGCUCUUCCAGUGGCGUGGAGAAGUUCCCGAGGGCCUACCGAACUGGUCUGAUUCCGAGAGAGAACACCUCGCACAAGAAUUGAGUGAUGUCUUGAUCUAUUUGGUGGAGCUGGCAGAGAAAUGCCACGUCGAUUUGCCUCAAGCUGUCCUUCGUAAAAUGGCACUGAACCGCUUGAAAUACCCAGCCAGUAAAGUUCAUGGAUCAGCCAAAAAGUACACUGAAUAUCAGGAAUAGACCCACAGCAACCUGGACAGGGUUCCUCUGAACAAUCAAGUGCAGUGAAGUCCUACACAAGUUGCUCAUAUUUUAUUUUCACUGGCUUAACGCACUUUACUUGGUAAUUGUUUUAUUCAAGAUUUUACUUCAGCCUGAGCGAGCUACU